CAGUAUUGCUCUGGAUGGUCUCGGUAAUCGUCCAGUCUCAUCCGUUUUCAACUACACCUUCUAUCUUUUGAAACUGCAAGGAACAAGAGACUAGAAUUGCCAAACCACCAAAACCGCCACUCGCUCACAGCCUGAUCCAGAAUGCCGUCCGCGAUUGUAGUAGGAGCAACGGGGAUCCUUGGUCGAGAGAUUGUCAAACGGCUCGGCCAGAACCAGGGGACCUGGAAGACGGUAUACGCUCUCUCUCGCAGCAAGAAGGACGAGUAUCCGUCCAAUGUGCAUCACAGCCACAUCAAUCUACUGGACUCGGCCGAGGACAUGGCCAAGCAGUUAGAGGGUGUUGAAGCGCAGUAUGUGUUCUUUGCAGCCUAUCUGCAGAAGGACACGGAGGAGGAGAAUUGGCGGACAAACGGCGACAUGAUUGAUAACUUUUUGAGAGCCCUUGAAAUCACGGGAGCGGUCAACACAGUCAAGCGCAUCCUCCUGGUCACUGGCUGCAAGCAAUACGGCGUGCACCUAGGACGGGCAAAGAACCCCAUGUUAGAAACGGACCCUUGGCUGCGGGACGAGCAGUUCCCUCCCAACUUCUACUACAGGCAGCAGGAUAUCCUCAGGUCCUUCUGCGAGAAACACUCGGGCAUCAGCUGGGUGGUCACGUACCCCAAUGAUGUCAUCGGCUUCGCCAAGGGCAACUUCAUGAACCUUGCCGCCGGUCUCGGCAUCUACGCAGCCGUGAGCAAGGAGCUAGGCCAGGACCUUGCAUUCCCCGGGUCCGAGACGUUUUACACCAAAUUCGACAGCUUCACCUCGUCCAAGCUCCACGCCGAGUUUUGCGAAUGGGCCAUGUUGGAACCGAAAGCGGCCAAUCAGACCUUCAACGUAGUCAACGGCGACGUCGAAUCAUGGCAGAACCUGUGGCCGCGCUUGGCGCGACGCUUCGGUAUGAGGGUCAACCCGGACCAAUUCGCUGGCGACUCGGAGCUGGCGAGUAAGACGGGGCUCGGCCCACAGCCGCCUAUCAGCACCGUUGCGGAGGAGGCAGGGCUCCGCGGCCGGAUUCGGCCGAGCGAACUGGAGCAGAGGAUCAGCCUGGUCAAGUGGAGCAAGAGAGACGACGUCAGGAAGGCGUGGCAGCGGCUGGCUGAGCGCGAGAAACUGCAGGCCGACGCACUCGACCAAGGGACGUGGGCGUUCAUUGAUUUUGUUCUUGGGCGCAACUACGAUAUUGUCGUCAGCAUGAGCAAGGCAAGGGAGGCUGGAUGGACGGGAUACCAAGACACAUGGAAGUCGUUGUCAGACGUUUUUGGCGAAAUGGAAGCCGCGAAUAUGCUGCCAAAGAUCCACUAACCGGCCUCGGGUGUUGGGGGAGGCCGGGCUCAAGUCGGGUACCUUAUG